CAUUUUAACUUUGUUUUGUAAAGAGAAGUUUCUUAACAUGUCAUCAAGCUGGUCUGAGUGGGGAUAAGGACACAAGAAAGCAAUCAGCUUAUUUCAGUGCAAUCUGUAAGAAGUUCUUGGCGCAUGUUGACAUCAAUGAUGUAGAGAUAAAGGUUUAUGCAGAUGCUAUGCCAAAGGUGUGUGAGGUGUUUGAUGGAUGUUUGACUGCCAUCUCUGAACUGCUAACCCAGCAAAGUCCAACACCAUCCUCCCAGUCUAGCCAGGGGACUAGGGUAAAGGAAGGACUUAUAGAUCAUAUUCAGGUGAUAGAUGAGUUCCUAGGCAGUUUGGAGCAGUGUGUAGUACAUGCUGUAAGGACUGACCAUCCCAGGGUGCUGGAUAGUCAUUCUCUGGUCGCCACAGCCCUGCAUGUCAUCAAGGGAACAUUCUCACAUUGCAAGGACAGCCAUGAGUCCUAUGGCAAAGUGUUUCCUCUGGUUUCCGAGUCUCUCAGUUCUCUGUUUAAAAAGGCCUAUAGUCUACAAAAGGUGUUGAUGGGUUUGAUUGACAAGCUCCAGCUGCCAUCAGACAGUUCUGAGGAGGACGUUACUGACAUGGUGGCGGUGUGUCAGGGCUUCCACGUCAUCGGCUGUACUGUCUCUGGGGUGGACGCAAGUCUACUGGUCACAACAUGGAAGUUUCUCGCAAAGCAGCUCACAAAACACAAGGAAGUGCUGAAGAAUCAUGUAGACAUGGCUCCUCUGGUGAGGACACUGUGCUCCGAGGUGGGGUCUAACUGCAAGUACUGUGUUGAACUGGCUUCUAAAGAUGCUGCAGACAGACAGAAUGGCUGUGGAGACCAGAAGUUGUACACAAGAACUCUGAAAAUCUGUCGUUUCUUCAUGCAGUGCCUCAUGUGUCUGGUUAAGGACUAUAAUGGUUACCUGGGGUCAUGUAUAAAGGAAAUUUUCCACAUCAUCUUGGAAAUGCAAAGUCUUCUGCCCCCCAGUUUGUCUGCCCCUCCACUGUCGUCAGCUGCUGCUGAGGAGAUGAAGGCCACGCUGCUGGUGGGAAUCGAACCCAUGAUCCAGCAUCUCCUGGACAACAGGGACUUCAUACAGCUGGUUACAGCAAGGAACAAAGAUCUUCCUUGUCAACAUAACUUCCCCCUGUGCCUUGUUCAACUUAUGGUGAUGGACCUUCUACCAAAAUGCUCUGAUGAACAGAAAGACCAGUGGAUUUCCCCAAAGAUCUAUCCGGAGGAUGAACCAAGAGACUCCAUACUUGUGUCAUUUUUCAACACUCUCAAGAAAUGUUACACAGAACUGACACUACCAGUUUAUCUUCCUGGAGUCAUGUGCAAUGGGAUGCCACAGAGAGAUGUGAGCCUGUAUGAACAUGUCUGCACACACCUGUGUGGGUUUGCCGCCUCCCUCCCUGCCCGACACUUCCCCGUCCUGGAGACAUGUCUGCUGGGUAACGUGCUGGGGGCAGACCUGCACUGCGCACUGGCUGCUACCGACGUCUGGUGUUUUGUGGCAAGAUAUGGAACAGCUGAGCUGUGUGAACAGCAUGUGCACCUGCUGACCAAGCUGCUGUGCCAGCUGCCCAACAGCUGUCAGCACCUGCAGCUGCACCUGCUGCUCAGGAGACUGGUGCCUCUCAUGGCAGAACCUCAUCAGGAGAAAUUUGUGCAGACGUACCCCCCAGCCCAGCACCCCUCUCUCUGGGUCCAUCUGCCCCCUGUGGCAUUUGUUCCUAAGCUAAGAGGAAAGAUCUGUGCGGAGGGUGUGAGAUACGCCACCCCUGUGUGCCAGAAAUGGCUCGGUCUCCGAGGGAGGACACUCGGGACGCUCCCCGAACUGCAUCUGGCCUUGUGUGUCCUGUGCAACAUGUACUCAGCGUCUGUGCGGCAGACUUCGCCCCUCCAGUCCUCGGCACCAGUGUUACACACCGUGUCCAGACUGUGGGACAUCGUCUCUGCCUCAGGUGCAGGGAAACACAGGGUUGUGGAGGUUGUAGCUGUCAAACUGGUGGAGCUGACAGGGUACCUACUGGGGCAACUGGUACCAGAAGAUAUUAUCAAGGUUCUGUCCAGAGUGAGCCAGUGGUUGAAGACUUCUCCACCCCAGUCGGUGAAGUUGUCGAUCACCCAGCUCCUGGGCAGAGCAGGACGGUUGAGCCUGCCCCCCUCCCCACAGCAGACCCAGCUGCAGGAACUUCUGGCCCAUCUGUUCUCCACUCUGCUGCAGGACAGCGGCUGGGUUGUGCACCACCAUGCACUGGAGGCCUUCUCCACAUUUGCAGAGGAGACCCCAUAUGAGUCCAUCCUACCAAAGUGCCUUCAGAAUGAAAGUGUCAAGAGCAGGGCGACGGACUUCAUCAAAGGAGUGCCCUUCAGUAGCAGUGAUGUCCCUCCCUGGAAUGCUGAAACCAUAACACAGCAGCAGAGAAGAAUAGAAGCUUUCCAAGAGAAGAGACUUGCCGACAUUUCUUCAAGACUGGAAAAGAUGGAGUCAGCGCCAUCUGUGGAGUCACCUGAACAGCCGUCUGCAAAACGAGUAAAGAAGGACACUGGCUCACCAACCUUGACCAAUGGCAACUCCGUCCAUCCAAAGGAAGAGGACUUCAGGACGGUUACAGACAGUUUGAAAAAAGACAUUGGGAAGCUAGAGGAGUUUUCUACAUGUGAAAAUCCACCUGAGUGGUACCAGGAGGAGUUAAAAUCUCUGCACCAAAGACUUGGACUCUUACUGGAAGAUUCCUAACAUAGAAGGCAGACCUAGAGAAUUAGUGAACAAGCUAUAUCAUAUUGUGUAUAUUGUACCCAGCCAAGUUGGUUCUUAGUCUUUUCCUUCAUUUUAAUGUUAGGGGAAAAGUUGUCAAGUUAUCAGACCAAAAACCAGUACAGAGAUUGUAGACUAUAGAACAUACUUUUAAGUUAAAAGCUUAAAAGUUUUGGGACAGACUGGUAACAUGUUCUCUAGGUACAUGGCUUAAAAUAUGUUUGUUGGCGGCAUACGUGCGCAUUUGGAGGCAAGAUGCAAAUAUACCUACACAAGACCAUUUAUUACGCCCCUCUCAUUGUUUAGCUUUUCAUGAGUGAUAACAAAUAUUACAGUUAGCAAAAAUAUCUGUGUGCACUUUGAUUCAUUUUUCCUGCACAUUGACAUAUUGACUCGGUGCAGGUAGAUGUCAGAAAUACCUUCACAGCUCCAAUUUUACCUGCACUAACCUACACAUGGUAUUUCAACCCCAUAUAUAGAUAAGCUGGACUAUGAAUCGGAUUAUGUGAUUUUCACUCAAGCACAUUAUCUGUUUCUGUAAAUACUUUUACUGUACAAAGUCAUGUUUUCACGAGGCAAAGUAGCACCACUCUUAUGGUGACAAAGCCAUGAUUUGUAAAAUUCGAUGAUUUAUUGAAUGCCUGCAAUUCUUGAUGGGGAAAAAGGAUUAGAUGAUGACAGUAUUUUACAAUAUCACAGCAAUAAAGGAAAACAUUCUUAAC